AUGCUUAUCACGUUCAAAAAUUUGCAACAGCACACAUUCAAACUGGAAAUUGAUUCGGACCAAACGGUGCGACAAUUAAAGGAAAAACUCCAAGCUGAAAAAGGAUCUGAAUAUUUGGCAGAAAACCAAAAGUUGAUUUAUGCCGGAAAAAUACUUAGUGAUGAUACUAAAAUAAGUGAUUGUAACAUUGACCCAAAAAAAUUUGUGGUGGUUAUGGUUUCAAAAGCAGCUGGUGCGGUUAGUGCUACUAAAUCAACAGCAUCAGUUUCAACGCCUAUGAUACCAGCAGACAAUUCUCCUAUACCGAUUGUACAACCUAGAGUUGUUGUAGAGCCAUUACCACCUCCAGUAGAAACACCUGCUUCUGAACCAGAAUCUGCAUCUAAUGAUGAAACUGAAAGAACGAUUCAAAAUAUUAUGGAUAUGGGAUAUGAAAGACCACAGGUUGAGGAAGCUCUUAGAGCUAGUUUUAACAAUCCAGACAGAGCAGUUGAAUAUUUACUUACUGGAAUACCUCAGGAACUUCUAACUGAUCCAACUAUUUCUCCAAAUAGGAAUGUGCUCAGUGAAGACUCAGGUGAUUUAUCUGGUAGUAGCCAAGUUCCUGCAACUGAUCCUCUAGCUUUUUUGCGCAACCAACCAACAUUUCAACAAGUGCGUACUGUUGUUCAGCAAAAUCCCGAAUUAAUAAACUCUGUACUGCAACAAAUUGGUCAAACCAACCCAGCAUUGUUACAAAUUAUAUCUAAUAAUCAAGAAGCUUUUGUGCGUAUGUUAAACGAACCUAAUGAAGGUGCUGCUGCAGCACCAGUAGCUUCUAGUAGAGGACCAGCUGAUGGAUUCGAAGUGCCUGUAUCUACACAAGACAAAGAAGCCAUAGAUAGAUUGAAAGCGUUAGGUUUUCCAGAACAUCAAGUUGUGCAGGCGUAUUUUGCAUGUGAGAAGAAUGAAAAUAUGGCUGCAAAUUUAUUAUUGACACAAGAACCUGAUGAUUAA